UCUCCCAAGCUCAGCUGCUCAGCAGCGACUGGUUUUCGACCCCCCCCCCCCACCUUAGAAAUGUAAAAAAAACUAAACAAGCCGUUUACCGCCACCGACCUCCGCCAACGUAAGCCCUCCCUAUUUUGUGGAUUUGGAUUGUUCCGGACGCUGUGGUGGCGCGACCAUUGUGCCGGUUGGAGGGGGGACUCCAAACCGUAACUGGAAGAUGGCGCUGGGAGCGCGGCUGCUGCUGUUCGUCCUCCAGCUCAGUCAGGUGCUGUCUGAGUAUGGGAUGGUUCACGUGCUAUCUGAGAAGGAACAUGGAAAUACAAAAGAUUACUGCAUCCAAUUCAACCCCUCCUGGGCCUAUUUACCUCAUGAUCUCAGUAAGGCGUCUCUCUUGCAGCUCCAGGACCUGACAUCCUCUGACCUGUGCACACCUUCAGAUGUGCCCCUACAAGGAUUUAGCAAUAGAAUCGCCAUGGUGAUGCGCGGGAACUGUACUUUCUAUGAGAAAGUACGACUUGCUCAGAUCAAUGGAGCCAAAGGACUGCUCAUUGUGAGCAGGCAGAGCCUGGUGCCUCCAGGUGGAAAUGGGAGUCAGUACGAGGAAAUUGAUAUCCCUGUUGCUCUCCUCAGUUACGAUGACAUGCUUGAUAUAUCAAAGACUUUUGGGAAAUCGAUCAAAGUAGCGAUGUAUGCCCCAAACGAACCAUUUCUGGAUUAUAACAUAGUGGUUAUCUUCGUCAUGGCAGUUGGGACAGUCGCUAUCGGUGGUUACUGGGCAGGAAGCAAAGAUGUGAAAAAGCGCUACAUGAAACAUAAGCAUGAUGGGGCAGACAAACAGGAUGAUGAAACUGUCGAUGUUACACCAAUUAUGAUCUGUAUUUUUGUGGUUAUGUGUUGCUCAAUGCUGGUGCUCCUUUACUACUUCUAUCAUCAGCUAGUGUACGUAAUCAUAGGAAUUUUCUGCCUUGCCUCCUCCAUCGGACUUUACAGCUGCUUGUCCCCAUUUGUAGGGAGGAUUCCAUUCUGUGAAUGCAGGAUUCCAGACCUACCAUGUACUCACAAGCGGCCCCAGGUACGGAUGCUGGUUCUGGGCUUAUUUUGUGUCUCUGUUAGCUGUAUGUGGGCAGUAUUCAGAAAUGAAGACAAAUGGGCCUGGGUCUUGCAAGACACUCUGGGAAUUGCCUUUUGCCUUUACAUGUUGAAAACAAUCAGACUACCAACUUUUAAGGCCUGCACGCUACUGCUGAUGGUUCUCUUUGUUUAUGACAUUUUCUUUGUCUUCAUUACACCGUUCCUCACUCGGAGUGGAGAGAGUAUCAUGGUGGAAGUUGCUGCUGGUCCUUCUGAUUUCUCCACUCAUGAAAAGCUCCCAAUGGUACUAAAGGUGCCCCGGUUGAAUUCUUCACCUCUGGCACUGUGUGACAGGCCGUUCUCUCUCCUUGGCUUUGGUGAUGUCUUAAUACCAGGAAUGUUGGUAGCAUACUGUCACAGGUUUGACAUUCAGGUGCAGACCUCAAGAAUCUACUUUGUGGCUUGCACGAUUGCUUACGGCAUAGGUCUUCUCAUUACCUUUGCUGCCCUGGCACUGAUGCAGACGGGUCAGCCAGCGCUUCUUUACCUGGUCCCAUGCACUCUGAUCACUAGCAUUUGUGUGGCUUGCUGGCGCAAAGAGGUGGCAAUGUUCUGGAACGGAAGUGGAUUUGCGACCAGUUCACAUGAUGCCGCCUUGUGUGUUGCUUCACCACUUCCAACUACAUCCAAGCUGGAAGAACUACCCCCGCAGCCUAUGUCUUUGACACCCGAGAGCUGCCCACAGCCUUCCAACAAAUCAGCUCCGACUACUCCCCACCAUGAGGAGGAAACCCUGACCGAUCCACCAGCAGGAUUCACAGGAUCCAUCAAUGAAAAUGAAAUUGAAUCUCGUGAGAACUUUUUGCCAUGAGACAGAACCAGCCAGUCGUAAUGCUAAUAAUGUACUUAUAUACAAUUUUCAAAUAUGCUCAUAGUGGGUUUAUAUCAAACUGAAUAGAUCUCUAUUGCACGUGUAAACUGAACCAUUUAGUGGGAUGCCAACUGAAUACACUUUUACCUACUGAACAACUCCCGAACCAUCAAGGCCAGGUUUGCAAUGACCUUCUCAAAUCUUAUCCAAACUGUCCUCAAUCUUAAGCUAUCGGGGUGAAGUAUGCAACUAUCCCAACUCAAACUAUCCUUGCGCCCAAACUAUGACAGCCAGCUGUACAAUGACUACCCCCUCCCCAUAUUUAUUAAAUUAUUCACAUUUCCUCAUCGUCAGGACCAACUAUACAAAGACCUCCCUCAUACUACCUUUGCUGUCAAACUGUCAGUGCCAGUCAUGCAAUGACCCUCAUUCUUAGAAGAGCUAAAUGUUUGUAGUUAAAGAUGAUUUGUUAGAAAAAACUUGUAAUUCCACAUUCCAAGACCCUUUGAAUACUAUUACUUCUUCAAACAGUAACAGGCAGGCUUGAGAGUCAUUGUGCAAAUAUUUAUAGAGAUACCAUCCAAUUUUAUUCCUCAUAAAUGACAAACUGCUGAACCAUAAGAAGGUUUGGAAGGCAGAACAAUUUCUCCUUUGUAAGAGUACAUUUAGUGAGGAUAUUCUCAAAAUGUUAUGGCAGACUCCCCACCUAACAAUGUCUUGUAUGCUGUACAUUUCUAGCUGACAUCUCAGUGAGGAGAUGCCUGUGGCCAUCACUGCACCAUUUAGUUGAUCGAUGAAGAGUUCAGAAUUUAGUAAUCAGUGAUGUGAUCUUUUAGAUAUCACCUAAACAAAGCAUGUGUCAGUGUUUGGGUUUCAAAUGACAGAAGCUAUGCAUCUGAAAGUCAUGUUUAUGGCACAGACACAGGAAUCUACAGGACCUGUAAGGCCUUUUGGUCCAUCUAGUCUGGCCCAAAUUUCAUUAACAGAACAUUGUCACGAGACAAGUGUAAAACUCGAUAGGCUAAGCUAGCAUUCCCACAUGAUCUCCUUACAUGCAUUUUUUUAUAUCUUGCUAAUUUCCUCUCUUUCCCAAGAUGUGGAGACUCUUGCUGGGAAUCAUCUUGUGAUUGUCAGUUACCCUCAAGUCUCAUAUACAAUUGACCAUUUUUUGAGUUUGUUCAUUCAUGUUUGCCCUGCUCAGAGGCAGGUUCUUGGCUCAUUGGCUGCUGAUGCUUCAUCCUGAGCCAUUUUCUUGGCGGUUUUUGUCAGUGGUGGUUUGCCAUUGCCUUCCAUUCCCAGGGGCAGGAUGAGGAGGCAGGUCCCAACACUACCUCAGCCAGAAUGGGAAUUGAGCCCAAGCUGGCAUUAUUCUAAAUCACACAGUAGCCAUCUAACCUAACCAGCUCCCCAUUUCUUAAGUAAACGAGCUAUUUGUCCAUGGGACCAUCAGUGCUGAGCCCAAUAAUGUCUGCAUCUGACAUCUAUGCACCCACUGGAUACUGAUUAAAAGCAAGAACCCAUACUGCUUUUCUUUCUUAACCUAGAGGCGCUGAGGCCAAUUAGAGCAUCAGCUGUUAUAGCAACAGCUGAAAUGAAUUAAUUUAGCAGAGAUUGGGUAUAUUAAUUUAACAUUAAUCUUGCAGUUUUUGUGCUGUUUAAUGUGUUGGUUAAGAAACAGAUACUGCCUCUGUACAAAGCAGACAUAAUCAUCUCUGCUUGCACACCUUGGUAGCUCAAAGAUUUCUCUCUCUCUAUGCUUGAAUGACUGCCUCCCACAUACUAUAAAAUAUGAACCAGUAGGAGUUUUGGCUCAGUGCUUAAAAAGAUUGUUGAGGAGAAUCAAUCUGAUAUAGAGAACCUUGCACUGAGCUUUCUGAGAUGAGGCCAGGAUCAUGAAUCUUGUUAAUGGUCAACUCCUCCCUCACUUCAGGUUCAGCAAGUGCUGAAUGGGAUGGCUAGCCACAGACACUAGCUAUGAAUCCUAAAUCAAACCCCAUACCAACUUAAAAAUCACAUGGAUUUACUUCAUGUGUAGGAUCAUUAGGAUUCUCCUUUGCUUCAUGGAAAAAUCUUUACUACUAACAUAGAUUUCAAAGCAACUAACAUAUUCCUUCAAUUCUGUAAAAAGCCUUUAUUCAACCUUUACAAACAGUCUGAUCUUUAGUGAGAGCAAGAAUUUAUACUGUAAAUGAGUAGUUCAGUCAAUUUAAGCUGUAUAUGAAUAGCUCAGUCAAUUUAAGUUUAACAUCAAUAUACAGGGAUUCAUUUAUUGCUAUGUUUUAGUGAAAGAAUUGCAGUGAGACAUUUUCUACUUCACCCCCUCCUAAAUGUUUCUUCAUUUCUCCUGAAAAAGCUGACUCUUGCAUGGUUAAGAUUCCACAGGGAAUGGCACCAUUGUUCAAUUUUGUGCCACACUGAUUGUUGACAGACUAUUAACUGUGGGGAUAUCGGAGCCUGAUCCUGUGCACUCCCCAGCGUUUCUGAAUGCAUACUUUCCGGCUAGGAUGGCCUGGAUGGUGAUUGAAUGGGAAUCCUUGCUGAUUUUCCCGUACAUUAAUCUAUUGAGCAUCUGUUGAUCUUAGCACCCCUUACUGGCAUCAAACUGAAAUCAGCUAAUUCAGCAUCUCUCAGCUUCUUAAUGCAUCAACCAGGACAAAGCAACCAGCUUGAUUGGGACCCCAUCCACCACCUCCAACAUUCACUCCCUCCAUUUGUGAAGCACAGUGACAGCAGUGUGUGCUAACU